AUGGUCAAGGCACUUCCGCCUCCAAAGCCGGACAUCCCGGAGCCUCCCCCAGGCAUGGCGCUGUCCAUCGCUCCAGCAGGCCACUGCCUCUGGCUCGACGACUACGAGUACUACGACCAGUUGGGCCGUGACCCCCUUCAGCAAGCAAGAAUAUGGCUCGUCGCCGACCCAGAAGAACGGGUCAGCAAGCUCAAGGAGAUUCUGGAAAGCUACCCCAAAUCAGUCCACAGACGCAACAUGUUGUACGAAGCUGCCCUCCGCGGUGAUGAGGCUUUGGUCCGAUGCCUCGUUGCCACAGGACUGAAGGUGCACCCAGACAUUUCACCACUUUCUGAAGAAGAGGAGAGGGCCGACGAGGAAGAAAAACAGAAUGGGGAGAUCCCAGAUAGGGAUGAUCCAUCAGUGGUGCCAGUUCACGCAGCGGCCGCCCGUGGCCAUGUUGGAUGCCUCAAGAUCUUCCUGGAGGAGGGUAAAGUGGACGUGGAUGUCCGCGACAGCAUUGGGCGAACACCGCUAAUUAUAGGGGCACACGAGCCAAGUGUUGUACGAUAUCUACUUGAGCAGGGUGCUGAUCCGACUGCGAAAACAAAUGUGAAUGAUGACCUGCCCAAAGAUGAACAGGACGAAUAUGCUGGUGCCGAUGCGCUCGAGUUUGGAGCUGUCCACGGCAAUAUCGAUAGUCUGAGACUGCUGCUGGAGCACCCCCUCAACGGCUCAAAAAGGAAGAGAAAGAGCCGCGCAGGAGAAGAGCCUGGAGUGUGGGUAACCCCGUUAUCAAUCAAAGGCGCUGCGUCAGCAAGGAACGGCUUUGAAGCGCUGAAUUUUCUACUCCAAAGGGGCGGAUAUCCGACUGAGGCCCGGGACGGGCAGACAAAGUCCGAGCUGCUCACGGAGACGGAGAGGCAAGCCAUCGUGGACGCCACGCCAGGGGCAGCGAUGGAUGGACCUCUAGAAUCUCUCAAGCUGCUCCUCAGUUAUCAAUACCCAACUAGCCAGGACGGUGACAUUCUUCCCUUCGACUUGCCAGAAGAACUUCACAAACCGUUCGUUUAUGGUGCCUAUGAUGCUAUGAUAAACAACCGCCUCGACAAGUUCGAGUUUAUCAAUGGUUUUGGCAUCACAGAGCAUGAGACAAUGUCCCUUGAUCAACUUCCCGCAGGACAGAAACUCAACAUUCAGCAUCUUCUUGACAGAGCCGUCGGAGGUGGAUCUAUUGAGUGUGCGCGUUUCAUAAUCGAGAAAUACGGCGCCGACCCCAACAAGCAUCGCAACCCUCCUGGGGUGAAGCCUCUUUACGCCGCUGCGGGGAACAACAAGCAUGAGAUGGUUCGGCUCCUCAUUGAAAGUUAUGGCGCAGACAUCCACCUCGGCAGCGGGAGGUAUGCAACCGGACCGACUGCCCUAUGGAAUGCAAUCAUGCUGAAGUCCUUUGAGACCGUGGAAUGUCUCCUCUUGCAAGGCGGUCCAGUGGAUCAUGUCGAUGAGGAGAUACGCUCAAUUUCCGGUCCCAUGACGGUCAUCUUAAGAGCUGAUACCGGUAACGACAAGGUCUCCGUGAGACUUGAGACACAAGAAAAUACAAAGGAAUACCUGGCUCGCCAUAAAGGCGAUUGGCAGAAUCUUAAUCCUCCGUUUGUACAGCUCCAACUUGGGUCCGAUGACAAGGGGUGGAUUGGUAGUCUCCAAGCUCGGAGGUCGGAAAACGAGUUGCGAGAGUCCGGGGACAAUGCCCGAGAGUUCAAUAAAGACGAGCGAGUCAGUACGAAAGACCUUGGUCAGAGGGACCCGCGUAACCUAAUGGUGUGGCUUCCCACAAUUGGUGCUAGGCAAAGUGAGCUGAAGAAAGACGAUGAUCUUCUGCCAGAGUUCCAACCAUUUAUGGUGGCAGCGAAGCAGAAUGAUUCCGAUUAG